ACAGACGUACAAAUUACGCCUACGUGCAAAGUUCCAAAAUAUGACAUUUUUAGAAUUUUUACUCAUUCUGCUGGUGCUCUAUUAUGUUGGCUAUAUUGUGCUCUGGAUCCUUCUCGAUUGCAAUGUGUCACUGUGGUACAAAUCGCGCUUUGGCGUCUCGUUGUCGACCAUGCGCGGACAGGUGGUUUGGAUAACGGGCGCCUCGAGCGGCAUUGGACGCGCUCUGGCGGUCAGCCUGGCACGGCAUGGAGUGCGUCUGGUGCUGAGUGCCCGACGUGUCAAGCAGCUGGAGGACGUUCAAGCCGAAUGCCUGGAAGCGGCACGCGGACUCCUAGCGCAGAAUGAUGUGCUCAUAUUGCCCAUGGACAUGUUGCAGCUGGAGAAUCAUCAAUCCCAUCUGUACACGGUGCUCAAUCACUUCGAUCGUCUGGACGUGCUGGUAAACAAUGCGGGUCGUUCGCAACGCGCCAACUGGACGGAAAUCGAGAUUCAGGUGGAUCGAGAUCUCUUCGAGCUGGACGUGUUUUCCGUGAUUCACUUGUCGCGUAUUGUGGUGCGCUACUUUCUGGAACAGAAUGGGGGACGGGGCCACAUUGCAGCCACGUCCAGUAUAGCUGGCUUCUCGCCGGUUCCAUUCUCGGCCACAUAUUGCGCGGCGAAACAUGCGUUGAAUGCCUACCUGAGCGCAUUGAAAGUGGAGCAGCGCAAACUAGAUGUGACGAUCUUUGCCCCGGGACCGAUUGCCACCGACUUUCUGCUGGAGGCAUUCACGGGAACCGAUGGUCGCAAGCUUGGCGGCAGCACGGCCAACCAGAAGCGUCUGACUGCGAAGCGUUGCGGCUGGCUCUUUGCCGUCGCAUUGGCCAACAAAAUGGAUGUCACCUGGUGUGGCUUGUUCCCCGUCAAUGCGUUAGCUUAUUGUGCACGCAAUCCGACGCUUACCAAAAUCAUCGGACAUUUUAUGACCGAGAAGAGGCUGAACAAUAUUCGCGAAGGUAAAUUGUAAUCAUUAUACAAAUACAUACACAAUAUAUAUUGUGUAGAAGGGCGUUCCGAGAGGUGUGUGGGUCAAGUGUUAUUAUUAACAUGCGCAUCCGAUUAAAAAGAUUAAAAGAUGUGGUGCAGCUGUCCCUGCACCCCUUACGUGAACGUCCUAUACACAUACCUACAUUUUGAACACUUGAAACAAAUGUACAAUAAUAUAAAGACUUGAAGUUUAA